AUGACUCAGAUGAGGCCAGGUCAAAUAUGUCUGUUAGGCGCUACCGGUCGCACCGGACGAGGUAUACUGCAAAUACUUCUUACGGAGAACUAUCGCGACUGGGCUCUGCAUGUCUAUGUCCGGUCGCGAGCAAAACUUUUGUCGUUCUUCCCGGGCAUAGAAGCUUAUCCAGGGGUGAGAAUAUUUGAAGGAUCUAUCACCGACGUUGAACUUUGGCGACAAUGCUUGUCAGGGGCAGACAUCAUCAUUUCCGCUCUUGGCGAGAACGAGAAUAUCGCCGGGCUACGGUUACUACAAGAUGCAGCAAACACCACGGUCUCCGCGCUGCAAGUUUUGAGUCAAGAGGAUAGCUCCAACUGGCGUCAGCCUCGCCUGAUACUUCUUUCAUCAGAUACAUUGAAUCCUGCAGUCGCUGCCGCCCGUCCACGACUGGUGCACUGGGUAGUUAGCAACGCAUUUUGUUAUGCGUAUAACGACCUUCGCGAAGCACAAGCUGUCUAUGAAGCCCAUCCACAGCUUUUACGGCUGUGUCUUGUACAGCCCCCAGCCCUGAUUGAGGAGGGACCAUCCGGGCAUCUUAUCAGUACGGAGAAGGGCUCUUUGACUGUGUCUUAUGCAGAUCUGGCGGCAGCUUCGUGGAAAUUGCGAUUUCUGAUGGGUACAGAAACUCUAGUGCUGUAA